UAAGUUGCUCCUUGAAAUGGGAAUAUUCUUUCAUGAUAAUAGUAAACUUACAUAUAGGGAUUAGAGACUCCGCUAAUUAAUUAAGGUAACUUUUUCAAAAUUAUUUGCUGCCAAAUCUCAGGGACGUAUAAUGAGAUUAUAUAUGCCCCUGCAAAACUUGACCAAGUAAUGUAAAUUAUGUAUUGGCUUUUCAUUUAUUCAGUAAUGGAAAAAAAAAUUGGAUUAGUACUUUUGGAGCAAAUUUACUAAAAAAUAAACUAUAUACUUGUUGCAAAAUUUUACUGACUUUGGCCUAAUCCAGAGACGUAUAUAUAUAUGAUAUACAAGUCUCUGGUACCGUGGAAUUUAUUCAGUUUUUUCUUUUUUUUUCUUUUGUUUGGCAAAAAAUAGUUCACAAUGAGGUAGUAUUUUUCUGAUUUCGAUAAUAUUUGUUAAGCGACCAUAUUAUGUAAAAUCUGUGAUUAUUUAUGUUAAAUUCGAGCAAUUUGCUCAAAAUCAUUUGCUAGAAAAACUUUAUCAGUGCUCAUGGAAAUUAAUCAGCUUUUUACACUGUAAAUAUAUAAUCCUCUUCACUCCAUAGUACUGGAAACACAUACUGAUCUUUAUGAUUGUAAUUAAAUGACACCUGACUUACUGUGUCACCGUAAGACUUACUUUAUCAUUCUGUUGGUGAGACCUUAAUAUAUUUUGCAAUUUUAACUGGUUUUAAUAUUUUACAUAGUAUAUAUUAUGGUAGGCCACCUUCUGACAUUGAAGCUGGUAAACAGGAUUAUGUGUUGCAAGAGAUGGAAGUAUAUUACUUCCAAGUCUAUUCUUGUUAAGCUAUAUAUAUACAUGUAUAUCCAAUAGUUAGGAGAGGGAAAUACAACAACCAGAACUGGACUCGAACCUGGGGCCUCCAAACUCUAGACAAACACUCCAACCAUUUGAGCUACCUGGCCACCAGAGCUCAGCACAGGAGUGAAGAUGGUGAUAGUACAGAAGAUGACAUACUGCAUGCAGCGUUUGUAUGUAAAACAAGGUCUACAUAUUCCAUUAAGGAUGGUGAGGCGGCAUGCAUCCAAAGUAGCACAACCUGUACUUACGACAAAACCCAAAGGCUCUGAUAUGGAAGAGCCAUCCUAUUUUGUUGACAUGCGAGCUUGUGUGGUGAGUGGAGGUAAAGGAGGCGAUGGUGUGGUGUCCUUUGCUAGUACCCGACACAACCAGUUUGCCGGACCUGAUGGGGGUAACGGAGGCUCAGGAGGUCAUGUCAUCUUUCAAGUAAAUGAGAAUGUAAAAUCACUUGCAAAGGUUCCUGGACAAGUUGCAGCAGUAGAUGGACGUAAUGGUGCAAAACGCAACUUUCAAGGCAAAAAUGGUCAGCAUACUUUCGUUGCAGUACCCCAAGGUACCGUUUUUUACAGUGCUGAAGGGCAGCGGUUGACCUGCCUUGAUGAGCCUAAUGAUUACUAUAUCGGGGCUCAUGGAGGCAAAGGGGGACGAGGAAACACAGCUUUUGCCACCAGCACAUAUGUUGCUCCCAGAAUUGCUGAAAUGGGAGCCAAGGGUGAAAAAAACUCCCUACAGUUGGAGAUGAGGAUAAUGGCAGAUGCUGGACUGGUUGGGUUUCCAAAUGCUGGUAAGUCUUCACUUCUUCGUGCAAUCUCAAGGGCCCGGCCAUUAACUUCCGAACAGGCUUUUACAACUCGCAGUGCACAUGUUGGAAUGGUCCAGUAUGACGAUUAUGAACAAGUCUCAGUGGCUGAUAUUCCUGGCUUGGUAAAAGGUUCCCAUGAGUCCAAGGGACUUGGCUUCUCAUUCCUUCGUCACAUAAUGAAAUGUACCUGCCUUUUGUAUGUCCUUGACCUUUCUAGUGAUGACCCCUGGCAGCAAUAUGAGGACUUGAAGCACGAACUUCAGCAGUACAAUGCCGAAUUAAUGAAACGACGACAUGCUAUUGUAGGAAACAAAAUUGAUCUGCCACUAUCUGUUAACAACUUUCAGAUCAUACAAGCCAAAAGUAACGUACCUGUGUUUGCAAUUUCAGCCACUGAAAUGACAGGAAUUAAAAAUCUUUUGAUUCAUGUCCGUAAAAUGUAUGACGAUAUAAAAUCAGAAGAGGCAGUGGAGCCAUGGAGUGAUUAGUGUUAUAAUAUUGAGAUAAUGUAUACUGAGUGUGUGGAUGUCAAUGUGAUAUUACAGUUCUCCAAUAGUGAAACUGAUGGGAGACUGAAAACUAAUCAAUUUCAAGAUAGUGGAACAAUAAUUCUACUUGGCUGUAUCAUGAUGAACUUAGAUUUCUUGUGUUUUAUUCAGCUUUUAAUCAUUCACCACCAGCAGAAAGGUAAUGAAUGUAUAUGUGCUCUACAAUACACUAUUUCUUAUAUGAAGGACCAGAAUCUACUGAAAUACAAAUCUGGGAUGUUCCAUGAGGAUGUGAAUACAAUCACCCUACAGUAUGGCAUUUUAUACUAAGGAGGGACAUUGUAACAUCUGUUUUUAGUCAGUUUUAAGAUUUCACAGUAUAAUUUCUCAAUGGAAAAAUUUGAAGGUUGGAAAUUAUAUUGUAUUUUAUUCACAUAAUAAUCUUGAUGAUGUCAUUGAUACACAUGAAUUUCCAAUCUUGUAAAUAUUGUUCAUGCACCUAUGAAUGUAACUUGUUAUGAUAGUGGUAAGUCCCAUACCAGUUAAACUGGGGAGACUAUGAUUUGCUAAACAUCUUUCUGUCCAAUUUCUAUCUUUAAGAUAUAUCUUCUGAUUAGAUUAAUAUAUUUUGGUGAAACCAUGUAUAUUAUCGUUAAUAAAAAGCAUGUCUUAUACAAAGGUCGCAAUAAAUGUUGACUAUUA